GCAGCACCAAGUGAACCGGAUGUUGUGUGAAUGUCAAAGAUGGCGCUCCACAUGUCAGGUUGAAUUCUCGCUAAAUAGCUAAAGUCAGCAUGUUUUAAUGUUUUUAAGGACAUAGCGUCCAUUGCGCUCGUUGACAAGACUUCAUUUAAGUGUAUGAGGUGAACACAUAAAGGAGGAGGGGAUGGCUUUGGGAGAAAUUAGCCGCAGUGUUCGUCUUUUGUUGGCUCAGAUGCAGCGGUGUCGUCCCGCCGUGGCCACAAACCAGACAGCUCGGUGUCUGAGUCAAACAGCCGCUCAGCCGGAGCCCAGCGCGGACCAAAACGAGGCCGUGAACCCGACCUUUGUGAACAGAAACCCGCGGAACCUGGAGCAGCUGGCCCUGGCUGUGAAGGAGCGGGGCUGGAAGACCUCCUGGCCUCCCCGGGAGUUUUACCACAGGUUGGAGUUUACUCGCUCUCAGGGCCAUGUGUUAGCACGUGUGUACUCCAGGAGCUCUUCUGUCCCUGUGAUCACCUGUUCAACCAAAGAGUGGGGGAUUAAGAGGGAGCUGGCCUCCACAACCUGCGUGGCAGCGUGUCAGGCUAUCGGCGAGGUGCUGGCAGAGCGAUGCAAGCGAGCUGGGAUCACCAGGAUGGUGUACAAGGAGAUUCCCUGGACGUUCCGCUCUGACUCUGUUCAGUCGUUCAGGAAAGCACUGAAAGAGGGAGGAGUCACGCUCACUGAACCCAGAAGGAAAUACAUCGAUACCUGAAUUAAUUUCAUCUGUUGUUUCGUAAAAAUGUCCUCUGUAUCCCUUGCUCUCUGCUAUUUUGUGAAUUGGCUGUCCUGUACAAGGAUGACAAGCAAUACAGGAAAUGACAAUUUGAAGAGAAACAAAAUGAGCUCUGAAAGUAAAGUUGCUUGUCACUGCGCUUUGUCUCUUGUUGAUAUUAAACUGUUUCUGAACGGAA